UUGCAUGGUGUGUGGCUGCUACAUACAAAGAGUGUGCAGUCUAACUCACCUCUUUGAAAAAAACAGGGUCUAGAUCUACGUCUCUGCCUCCGAAUGAGUAAGUGGUGAACGUGGGUGAUGCUCAGGGUGCGCUUCAACAAAAACGAAAGGGCGACGUGUCUUCUACAUCUUCUACAGCGACGGAACGCGGGUUCAUCUGCUCAAACCCGACCAUUGACUUGCGCAGAUUCCAUCACUAUCGCGGAGUCCUUUCAAGAUGUACCACGGACUGGCUGUGAGACUGGCUCCUCAUCAAGUUCAAUGGCAAACACAGACUGCUGUUCUCCGCUCCGCUCCCAUACGCUUUGAUCACAGAGAUAUGGAUCUGGUCCACAGUUAAACCAAAAGAAUUCUCUACCUUUCCUUUGUUCUCUUUUAGCUCUGGUUGACCAUCUCUUCUUCCUCUUUUCUCAUCAUGGCCGGCUUGCUGGCAUCUGCCUUUCUCCUGGUGCUCCAGACAUUUGCUGCCCCGCCGCCGUUUGUCCAUGCAGGGGACAGCCCAACUCUAGACACCCUAGAUUUGGGCCCGGGACUAUUGGCCAAUGACACUGAUGAUCAGACCCCGACUCCUCCCCCUGGGACUAGCAAACGUGCCCCCCACAGCAUCAUCAUCGGUGUGCGCAAGGGGGGCACGCGUGCCCUGCUGGAGAUGCUGGACAUCCAUCCUGAGGUCGCAGCUGCUGCCACCGAGGUGCACUUCUUCGACUGGGAUGAGAACUACGCCAAGGGCUUCGACUGGUACCGAGAGCUGAUGCCCUACUCUUACCCGCACCAGAUCACAGUGGAGAAGACACCCGGCUACUUCACGUCCGCCCUGGCGCCUGAGAGAAUCCACGCCAUGAACUCCUCCAUCAAGCUGCUGCUGAUUCUGCGUGACCCCGCGGAGCGGGUCAUCUCUGACUACACGCAGGUCUACUUCAACCGCCUGGAGAACCACAAGCCCGUGCAGGCCAUCGAGAACCUACUGGUGCGGAACGGAGCCCUCAACACGCGCUACAAGGCCAUCCAGAGGAGCCUGUAUGACGUCCACAUGCGCAACUGGCUGCGCCACUUCCCUCUGGAGCAGAUCCACAUAGUGGACGGGGACACUCUGAUCCGGGACCCCCUGCCUGAGCUGCAGAGGGUGGAGCGUUUCCUCAACCUGCCCCCCAGGAUAAUGUCCUCCAACUUCUACUUCAACCAGACCAAGGGUUUCUACUGCAUCCGGAGCGACGGCCGGGAGCGCUGCCUCCACGAGUCCAAGGGACGUCCCCACCCCGCUGUCAAUGGUACAGUCCUGCAGCAGCUUCGCUCCUACCUCCAGGAGCACAACCGCACCUUCUACAGGCUGGUGAAGCGCUCCUUUGACUGGCAAUAGCACAGUCCCCUCUCAACCCAAGAGGGGUUUUAGAAACCACUGGCCUGAAUGAGUGCUGAUUGGACAUUUCAACGAGGGCAGAAGCACUUUACAAACCCCAGACCCCAAAUGCUCCUGUGAAUUGCCUCUUAACUCUGCUACCUUGUCCGGCAGUUCUGCAUUUAUAACUGAAAGCAAGAACAUUUUAACUACACGUGUAAACGAAAAACGAAACGAAAAAACCCAAGCUUAAUAUGUAAUUCUCUGUGCCGAAAGUGAAGUGAUUGCAGAGUUGCUGCAAAACAAUUUUGUGAAAACGAUGAAAAAGAUU